CCGCGGACGUGGACGCGCUUUCCCGCCUUGAGCUUUCCUACCGGACGACCCGACCCGGCUUGGCUUGACAGUUGGAAUACAUGCAUGUACUGACGCUCUCACGUCGCAAGAAAGUCACUUGGACCCCUUCGACAUGAUCCCCCCUUUUCAAUUCCGUCUCCUCCCCCGCGGUCGCUCCCCCAUCGACAAACGGCAAAAAAAAAGCAAAUACGCUGCACCAGGUCUCCAGUGCUGGAUUCGGUGCUGGCUACGAAGGCACAACGCGGCAGACGCCUUGCAGUGUCUUGCAAGUCGCUGGCGUUGAUCCAGCACAGGCUGGGCGCCACUUCGGCCCGGCAAGAAGCCGUCCCGUCCCGCCCGGCUCGGACCAUUCCCACAACGCCCCCCCAACAAGCCCCGUCCAGGCCAUGGCGGAACAGCGCAAGUCAAUCCACACGGACCACGACCCAUCGCGGGCGUCGCACGAGCCAGACGGACAAUAUAUGCCCCUAGAAGCCGAGCCUGAAGACGCCAACGAUGAUGCUUUCUCCGACUACUCUGAUGAUGCAUCGCAGACCGAGAGCCUCCGGUCCUCAAUAUUUGAAUAUGUCUACGAAAAUGGCCGCACGUACCAUUCCUACCGUGCCGGUCAGUACCUGCUCCCAAACGACGAGCUAGAACAAGAGCGCCUCGACUUGACUCAUCAUGUGUUCUUACUCACGCUCGACGGGUCCCCGUGUGUUACUCAACUGCAGGAUCCCCAUUCGAUAUUGGACCUGGGGACGGGGACUGGCAUGUGGGCCAUCACAAUGGGCGACCUAUAUCCGUCCGCCGAAGUCAUUGGAACCGAUCUGAGCCCGAUACAAUCCGAAUGGGUACCACCAAAUGUCAAGUUCGAAAUCGACGACGCUACUUUGGAAUGGACCUUCGAGAAGGACUAUUUUGACUUUAUCCAUGCGAGAACGCUCGCGGGUGCCAUCAAGGACUGGCCCGCUCUGUUGAGGCAGUGCUUCGCUCACAUCAAGCCCGGUGGCUGGGUCGAGAUUUCUGAGGGCAGACCAAACUUUUGGUGUGACGACGGCACGCUAACGGAGGACACGGCAACACACAAGUGGCUCACCGAGUUCCGGCGCCUCAGCGAGCCUCUCGGUUUCGACAUCGCACCCAAGCUUCCGGGCAUGCUGGGGGGCGCCGGGUUCCAGCACGUAAAGUUUACACAGAAAAUCGUCCCCCUAGGCUCUUGGCCGAAGGACCCCGCGCUGAAGGAGCUCGGGAGGUGGUUUCGAUAUCAGUUCUUGAACAUGGCUCUCGAGGCCUACACCUUGGCCAUGUUCACUCGCAUGGGCAACUGGACCAACGAAGAGGUCCAGGUGCUCUUGGCCUUGGUCAGAGAAGAGCUAAAAACCAACAAGAUCCACGUCUACACCUAUACGGCGUUUGUUACCGGUCAGCGGCCAUCCGCGUGAUGCGUGAUGCGUGACAGAAAUCGCAUUUCAAAUCGGUUGAUACAUGUCGUGGUGGUGCGCUGCCUGUUCCCGCGUUCCUGCGAUAGAGAAGCUGCUGCCAGAGGUAGAAGCGUCGGCAAGGUCGGUUUGGGCCACAAACAGCGAAGCAUCCAUUGACGAUCCCCCCCCUGGGAACGAUACCCUUGCUUGCGAGGGGGACUUGUUUUGUUGCACCCACCUGACCCGGGGUGCUACCUACCUACUCUGGGUUGCAGGCGCAAACGUCAGGGGCGUGUCUUGGCAUGAGUUUAGGUGGACAGUGCUUGAGUCCACGGUUGUUGCAUGAUGUCCCAACUCAUGCUCUUUUUGCAAAGAUUCGGAUCAAACACGCACACGCUGUCAUUGUCAUGUUUUUGAGCGCAUUUCUUGUUUAAAAGCCCUCAAGAGCGGGUCAAAUUUUGAUGACUGCAGGGAAUCAGGCAAAUGGCGCAGGUUGAGGUGUGGUCAGUCGAGCACUUGUAGCAGCCGAAAUGCGAUUGACCUGUAUAGGU